AUGCGUCGAUCCAGGUCAUUGACAUCUACAACAUGUGUACAGAAGCCAAAGGACAACGUUUCUACCAAUCAAGUGAUCAGACCUUUCAGUGCUUCAGCGCCCACCAAACACCACGAGUUUGCACAGGAAGAGAUUAAUUCUAACAAGAGGGUGAAGACUAGACAUAAAUCAGCCAUCAUUAGAAGGCGCUCUUGGAAGAGUGAGAUAGAACGCAUUCCUGACCUUGCAACGCUAUGCCAACAAGAAUGUAAAUUACCCGUUAUGUCUAUCCUGGGGCAUCGAGAAUCAUCUCUCCAGAGCUCAUUCGUAUCUCAGACCUCCAGGGCUCCGACGAUGGCAUCCACUCAUUCAGAAAAAAGUGCAGGUCUGUUUGGGAUUCACAAUGAUAUGGUCAUGACGGAUUGUCAUACAUUACAGAACAGGGAAACAGAUGGCAAAGGGACAUUAACACAGCCACCAGAACAAGCCGUCAGCCAGCAAGAUGUCCGGCACAUUGAGGGUUUUUAUCAUGCAGAGAAACAAUGUGGAACUCCAAUAGAUUCUUGUACGUUCAAGGAAAGACAUAUUGUAUCUCUGAGCAUCGAGGAAGAAUUGAAUAAACCAAAAAAUAAAAUAUUAACGGUUAGAAAUCCCAUGUCUGCAGCAAAUAUUCAGAAUGUAAGCGCAGCAAGUGAAACAGUCCCCGUUAUUUUUGAUAAUAACUAUAAACAUGGUUCCUGUGGGAUAUUGCACAAGGAUUUCAGCAGCAACACUAUUUCUCUAAAUCAGACAAGUGAAGCUUGGUUGAACAGCAAUAUGGACAAUGUAAAUAAAUUACCAAAAGAUAAACACGCUAUGGCUCCCAAGUUAUCAUCAAAGAGAAAUAAAAAAGUGGACCCAAUGUUAAUGGUGGAUACAAAAGUCAAUAUUCACUUUCUAUCAGCUGAUGGGACAACGCAAGUUGCAGAAGUUACCAAAGAUGGAAAAAUGUCUAUGCCAAAAAAAUCGAACUUUCGAAAUCCCAGUGUGGUUUCUUCAGAGGAACUACAAUCAUCCUCAAAAUCUAUCAGUACUCAUGAGAUGAAACAGGAGACUGAUGAGGUCGGCCCUAUCAUAAACGGUGUGAACCCCAGAAAAGGUGCAGUUGAGGAAUUAUCUUUAUAUACAAGACCGGCUCCAUCAUCAAGGUCGAUUUGUUCCAAUCGUUCAAGGUCAUCAACGAGGUCAAAGAUUCAAAGACCUGUUAGUGAGGGUGAAGUCAGAAAAUGGAGCUAUAUAUCGAUAGCGAAGACAUUAACACCUGGAGGAUGUCCUCUGAGCUCUUCCCCGAGACACAAAUCUUCUCCAGUAACUUCUCCAAAGAUCGCUGGUGGUCUGGAGAAGAAUAUUCCUAACAGGCUGAACUCAACAGUGCCUCUUACAACAAAAUUGGUACUAUUCGAAAACAGGAGAGAGAGACUUGUAUCCAUUCUGCCAGAAAUUAUUUCCCAGCAUAAACACCCGAGUGUGCAGAGGACGAAAGAAACAAAACAGUUUCACAAUGAAGUAAACACAGAACAAGAGCAAUUUAUCAGUACGGAAUUUGCCAAUGUCCAAGAUACACCUACGUUAUCAGUGGUGACUGCAACGUCCUCUGAUACUAAAAUUCCAUUGAAUGCAUUUAGUAAGAAAGAAUCUGAAGUCAUCUCCAUCACCUCAGUGUAUCCUGAUGCCUUCCUGGUCAUCAAUAUUCCUACGGCACAGACAGACGCAACAGAGUGA